AUGCUGGUGCCAAGCUACGAGAUUCGCCUAGCACUGUUCAGAAGCUCUUCUUUGAAUUCAACCUCGACUGAGGUAGAAAGCAGCGCCUUGGGUGGUCGAGACCGUGUGUAA